CGUCUGGGGGCACAGACUUGGCAUCUGGCCACAGUCAGGGUUACCACUGCUCUUGCCGCCGCCGCCCCCAUCUCUGCCCUCGUGCCCGACAGCGUGGUCAUGAAGGUGCUGGGCCAGCGGCUGGGUCAGCAGGACUGCCUUCGCAAGGGCUGGGUGAUGCACGGCUUCCCGCGGGACCUGGACCAGGCGCACAUGCUGGCCAACAUGGGCCACAAGCCCAACAGUUGCCUCAAGGAAGUUGGCGCCUCAAUGCUGCAACCAGUUUACAACUGAGCAGUCCCUGGAGAGCCGAGGAAGCCCUCGGGCAGCGGUGGAAAGAGACACAAAUGCUCAAGUGGAGAAGCUGUCAAACACUGAGGCGGUCUGCAGCGUCACAGCCAGCAAAGGCCACCAAGAGAAAAUGCCAAGCAUCCGGGGAGGCUCCCCCAGCAAAGCGGAGGGGCCAGGCUUCGCCCCUGCCUGCCAGGAGCGCUGCGGCUACGCAGGCUCGGCAGCCGCGGAAGGGGGCGGCACCGGGCGCGCGUUGUCUGCGGAAGCCUCCGCCUGGCACGCCUGCUAAGCGCCAGGAGCAGAAGAGAGCGGGCGUUAAGACUUCCUCUUUGUUUAAGAACAACCCUGAAAUCCCGGAGCUCCCCAGACCUGCAGUCAAACAGGUGCAAGAGGAAGUGUUUACUUCAGAUGCUUUUCACGAACUGGAUCUUCACCCCCACUUAAUUUCUACACUAACUACGGUCUUAAAAAUGUCCAGUAUGACCAGCGUGCAGAAGCAGAGCAUCCCCGCGUUGCUGGGGGGCAGAGAUGCCCUGGUGAGGUCCCAGACGGGCUCAGGUAAGACUCUUGCCUACUGCAUCCCCGUGGUCCAGUCCCUUCAAGCAAUGAAGGCGAAAAUACAACGCAGCGACGGCCCCUACGCCCUGGUGCUGGUGCCCACGAGAGAGCUGGCUCUCCAGAGCUUUGACACUGUCCAGAAGCUGCUUAAGCCAUUUACCUGGAUUGUGCCUGGAGUGUUAAUGGGAGGAGAAAAGAGAAAAUCAGAAAAAGCCAGACUCCGCAAAGGAAUAAAUAUCCUUAUAUCAACUCCCGGACGCCUGGUGGAUCAUAUAAAAUCCACAAAAAACAUUCAGUUCAGUAGGGUACAGUGGCUGGUUCUGGAUGAAGCGGACAGAAUCUUGGAUUUGGGCUUUGAAAAGGAUGUCACGGUGAUCCUGAAUGCUGUGAACGCCCAGUGCCAGCGGCGACAGAACGUCUUGCUGUCGGCGACGCUCACAGAAGGCGUCACCCGGCUGGCUGACAUCAGUCUGCACGACCCUGUCAGCAUUUCUGUGCAGGAUGACAACUGCGCUCCAUCCACCCACGGGGGCAGCGUGAUGCCCGCAGCCGCUCCUCCCCCGGCUGGUGACCAGCAGGCCGGCUUCGCCAUACCCGUGAGCCUGGACCAGCACGUGGUAUUGGUUCCCAGCAAACUCAGGCUCGUCUCCCUGGCAGCCUUCAUCUUGCAGAAAUGCCAGUUUGAGCAGGAUCAGAAGAUGAUCGUCUUCCUCUCAAGUUGUGAACUGGUGGAGUUCCACUACACCCUCUUCGUGCAGACCCUGCCGGGCCUCUUGGGGGCCCUGGACUCGGGGCCGUCGCCAUCUGCCGCCGCGAAAUUGCAGUUCUACCGGCUGCACGGGGCGCUGGAGCAGGAGGAAAGAACAGCCGUGUUCCAAGGGUUCUCGAGCGCCAAGGCGGGCGUCCUCCUCUGCACGGAUGUUGCAGCUCGGGGCUUAGAUCUCCCUCAAGUCACAUGGAUUGUUCAGUACAACGCUCCGUCUUCACCUGCCGAAUACAUCCACCGGAUUGGGAGAACCGCCCGGAUUGGCUGCCAGGGGAGCAGCCUGCUCAUUUUGGCUCCUUCGGAGGCAGAAUAUGUCAACUCGUUGGCUUCUCACAAAAUCAACAUGACUGAGAUUAAGAUGGAGGCGAUUUUGUCUGUUCUGACACGGGAUGACUGCUUUAAAGGGAGACGGCGGGGAGGCCAGUCCCGUGCCGCCGGCCCCCAGGAAAUCCGAGAGCGAGCCACAAUCUUGCAGACGGUGUUUGAAGAUUACGUGCACUCUAGCGAGAAGAGGAUCUCCUGGGCAAAGAGAGCUCUGCAGUCCUUCAUCCGGGCCUACACAACCUACCCGCGGGGGCUGAAGCACAUCUUCCAUGUCCGUCUGCUCCACCUCGGGCACGUGGCCAAGAGCUUCGGGCUGAGAGAUGCGCCCCAUGGCCUCGGUGCCCCUGCUCUGAAGAGGAAGAAGAGGCCUGACCUUCACAAGCAGCCCCGCGGCAAGCCCCGCCUGGCUGACAUCCUGCGGUCGGAAUACUCCAGUGGGAUGGAGGUGCCCACGGCCUCGGCGCAGAGCAGCCCAGGGCUGGGCAGGAAGAGGACACGCCCUCCGCUGGACACAAACCCCGAGGGCCUUCCCGGGGCGCCGCAGGAGUGAGGGAACAGCCUGUGUGGGGCCGCCCUGCCUCCUCUCGGGCUGCCAGGCGCCCGUCUCCCGAGGUACUGCGCCCGCCCUCCUCUGAAGACGCUUCGGUUUUGCUUGAGCUCAUCAACACUUAUCUUGGCAUGAAUUUUAUAAAACAGGAUUUUAAAACA